UCGCAGCCUUUCCGCUUCCUGUUUUUCCCUCUGACCAACCCCGAGCGCAAAGAAAUUGACCUCGCAGCGGGCCUACAAUACUUUUAUGUCAUUGGCCAAGCUUUACCCCGCCCCUGCGUCAUCAGGCCUAAGGCCUCGGCUGGAGGGUCCGCGAUUGGUCAGACCGCAGAACUUGGCCCGAAGACCUGGAACUGGGGACUUCGGGAUUAGCCAAGAUGGCGGCGGCCGCAGCGAGUCGAGGAAUCGGGGCAAAGCUGGGCCUGCGUGAGAUUCGCAUCCACUUAUGUCAGCGCUCGCCCAGCAGCCAGGGCGUCAGGGACUUCAUUGAGAAACGCUAUGUGGAGCUAAAGAAGGCGAAUCCCAACCUACCCAUCCUAAUCCGCGAAUGCUCGGAUGUGCAGCCCAAGCUCUGGGCCCGCUACGCAUUUGGCCAAGAGAAGAAUGUCCCUUUGAACAACUUCAGUGCUGAUCAGGUAACCAGAGCCCUGGAGAACGUGCUAAGUGCUAAACCCUGAAGCCUCCACUGAGGAUUAAGAGCAACAGCCCCAGAGCCUGGGCUCUGCUGGAUUUAGUAUAAUGUGAAAAAAAUGUGUUCUCCUAUUCCUCAUAAAGCUUGUGCUGUAAAAUACUUUCUCAGGGUGUUCUUGUCCUCAUCUACCCCUCUACCCCUUACUAUGUAACCACUGAGGCAAAGUAGCUUAAUAUAAAAAUAAAACUUUAUUCCGUCUCAUCAAAA